GUGUCACUGUCACUAAGCUUAUUUUAUAGUUACUUACUUUACUACACACACUAAACACAACAUAGACAGAAGACACUGAAGACAGGCAAGGUCGAGCAUGGCGUCAACUGUUGACAGAUACAAAGUGAUUUCGAACGGCAACGGUAAAAUGAGUGACGAAAAUUCGGAACUUAAGGAGACUUUUGAUGCUAUCGACACAAACGGAGAUGGCUACAUUGAUUUGUCAGAACUCAAAAACGCCCUCGACCAAUGCGGCUUCAAGAUGCCCGGGUGGAAAGUCAGGAGGAUGAUAGAAGAUUACGAUGACCAAAAGAAAACACAGCACAAGGGAAGACUCACCUUCGACGAGUUUGAAAAGUUGUGUUUGGAACUGAAAGCCAAUGAGGUGGGAAGCACGUUCAAACAAGUCGUCUCCAAGAAAGAGAACUUGGAAACUCUCGGAGGAAUGUCUGAUGCUUCCAGUGAAGGAACGACACAUUCUGUAAGGCUAGAGGAACAGUUGGCGUUCUCUGAUUGGAUUAACAGUAACCUAGGCAGUGAUCCGGACCUAUCCCAUCUACUUCCCAUAGACCCUGAGGGCAAACUUCUCUAUGAUAAAGUCAAAGAUGGGAUAUUGCUAUGCAAAGUUAUCAACCAUUCUUGUCCUGACACAAUCGACCCACGAGCUCUCAACAGGAAGAACCUGACAGUAUAUAAGAAGUUGGAGAACUUAACGAUGGCUCUUAACAGUAGCAGAAGUAUCGGAUGUAAUAUAGUCAACAUUGAUGCUCAUGACCUGGCCAAGGGCAAACCUCAUCUGGUGCUUGGACUGCUGUGGCAAAUCAUUAGGAUAGGACUGUUCAACCAAAUCAACCUGGAGAACUGUCCAGGACUCACGACUCUGUUGACUGAUGGAGAAGGCAUUGAGGAUCUGAUGAAACUCUCACCUGAAGCAAUCCUAUUACGAUGGGUCAACCAUCAUCUGGAAAGAGCUGGAGUACCUAGACGAUGCAAUAACUUCCAUGAAGACAUCACAGAUUCUGAAAUAUACUCUCACCUCAUCAAACAGAUUGCCCCGAUUGAGAAAGGUGUCACCAUGGAAGCACUUAUGGAGAAAGACUUGCUUAAGAGAGCUGAGCUGAUGCUCCAGCAAGCUGGCAAGCUUGGCUGCAGAACCUUUGUGACUCCGAGUGACGUCGUCGGAGGAAUCUACAAGCUUAACCUUGCGUUCGUGGCCAACCUCUUCAACUUCUAUCCUGGUCUUGAACAGCCCGAGGAGAAGAUAGAGGGCUUGGAAAACCUUGAAGAAACACGUGAAGAGAAAACAUACAGAAACUGGAUGAACUCCAUGGGUGUAACUCCCCAUGUCAACUGGUUGUACUCUGACCUUGCUGAUGGCCUCAUUAUAUUUCAACUCUAUGACAUAAUCAAACCUGGCAUUGUCAACUGGAACAGAGUACACAGGAAAUUUUCAAAACUGCGAAAGUUCAUGGAAAAGUUAGAAAACUGCAACUACGCCAUAGAGUUAGGAAAAGAACUUAAGUUUUCUUUAGUAGGCAUUGCUGGACAAGACAUCAAUGAUGGAAAUGCCACCUUGACAUUAGCGCUGAUCUGGCAGUUGAUGAGAGCCUACACACUCUCAAUCCUUACCCAGCUUGCCAACACUGGUAGUCCAAUAGUUGAAAGAGAGAUCGUCACGUGGGUCAACAACAAACUGCAUUCUGCAGGCAAACCUACCACACUCAGGGGCUUCCAGGACCCAGUUAUAGGAGAUGCUAAAGUGCUCCUAGACCUCAUGGAUGCUAUCAGACCAGGAAGCAUCAAUUAUGAGAAUUUCAGAGAAGGGGACACUGAAGAGGACAAGCUUGCGAAUGCCAAGUACGCCAUUUCUAUUGCUUGGAGGAUGGGUGCAAGAGUAUAUGCCCUCGCAGAAGACAUUGUAGAAGUUAAGCCAAAAAUGGUUAUGACCAUGUUUGCCUGUCUCAUGGCUAUGGACUACGUUCCCAACAUGGAUUCCAAGCCUCAGUAACAACGAUACCAUUUGUAAAUAACUACUAAACACGCAAAAGCUACGGUGCUUCCAGAUCACUUGUAUAUAACGCUACCAAUGCUCUUCAUUAUCCAUUAAUCUUAAGUAUUUUGUAAGCUUUGUAGUCACCCUCAUGAAAAUUGAUGUUACAUCCUUUAUCAGGUUUAUAAAUAACAAGAAUUCAGCUACUGCUGCGAAGAUUUGUUUGACACUUAUAUUUAUUUUAGUGUGGUUUUCUAUUUAAAUAUAAUCAAACAUUCCAAGUUAAUCAUUCAAAUUAUCAGAAAAUCAUCUAUAUGGAAAUCGUUUUGUAUGGGAUAUUGGAAAGACAAUUUUUAUACCAAUAAUCAAAUGGCAUUUAUUUACUAUCAUUUUAGUUACAUUCCAAUAACAGUUUAGAAUACCCCCGCUGCAUCAAAUUUGUAGACUAAGCGAAUUUCCAAUUGCCUGGUUUACUGUAAUUUACUACAAUCAUGUCAGAUUGGUUGGGUUAUCAUGUCAGAUUUAUUCUCUAUUUAAAUAGCAUUAGGUUUAAUGAGUAUUUAAGUUUGCUGCUACAGGGAAGAUGAUAGUGUGUUUUUAAUUUGGUAAAUGAAAUCAAAUUAUUGCCAAAAUUUUUCAUAAUAUAUCCAUAAACAAGCUAACUACAACAGUUGACUUACAAGAAUCACAUGGAAGUUUUCAAUGUACUGUUUUUUCCCCCUAACUUAUAAGCGUGCAAACAAUUUUCACCCCAUAAAAAUAGUCUGAUCAUGUUGAUUUGAGAAUAUAGGUUUAGAUGUUUGUACCAAAUUUAAUCAAGAUCGGAUCAUUUUUACUCAACUUAUUGUGCUAAUGAACACAUAUAUUAAUCUGAACGACUAGUGUUUGUGGCUUCUGUGGACAUCAAAACAAACUUUGUGAAUCAUUCUUGGGUGUAGUCCUUACCAUGAGAUCUAAGGUAAUAGCUUAUUGCCUAUAGGGGAAAUUUGCAUAAUGUGAAAGUUUUUAAAAGAUAAUUGUUUUUAGACAAUGUUUUACAUUUGAUAAACCAAUAGUCUUAAUACAUUCCAACUUAAGUAAUUUUGAAAGACAUUGUUUGAAUAUAUUACUAAUUUGUUUCCAAAAUGAUGUAAGAAACUAACAAAUUUCCUUACAUAUUGAUAGUAUAAUGUACACUAACACAGUUGUAAUAGACAUAAUAAUUGAAUAACGUACUUAAAAGCUGUGUGUUUGCAUUAGCAAAAUUAAAAACGAGUUCAAGUCAUUUUGAGAUGUUAUCUUUACACGGAAAGUAUUUUUGUUUUGUAACUUAGUUUGCUUAAAAUGGUGCGAUAUGACGAAAAAUGUAGUUUAUCACACUGGCAAAAGUGACUUUUUGACCAGAGCUCAAGUUUUACGAUGGAGUUGAAGCAGAGGUCAGAAAAUUAGCGAGGAUUGAAAAGAUUCACUUUAUGCCCUAGUGAUGAAAUAUUUUACAAUGCUGAAGUAUUCUUUAACUUAACUCAUAAGUAAUGGUUAAAAAAUCAGAAGUGAAAUGUGUGAGCUAUGUAACUUGUGUGUAGAACCUUCAACUACCCCCUAGUAACUUUACUUAUUCUUCAACCAAGUAACUCAUGGUGUAGAUGUGUUUUUGUGUUACUUAAUGUAAAACCUAACUGCUACAGUCCAGUACAAACUUCCAUUAAUACUGUGUGUGUGUGGAAUUAGUGUUGUUAUGAAUGAUAAGAUUUUUUAAAUUCUCGACUCAAGUAUCUCUGUAUAACAUAAUACAAAUUUUGGUGUGGUGUUUUCGACAUUGAGUGUUGGUAUAGUAAUCUUUGUAAGGGUGUAUGUUACUAUUCACCCGAUAAUAAUUAAAAUUGCUCACAAAUAAUUUUAAGAUGUGGCGAUACAUUCAAACUCAUAGUACAAUAUUUAUCAAGCUAGAGUUUAUGGAAAUCAUUGUGUAUUUUAAUUACUUUAUUGAUUAACUCAGGAGUUAUUUUUGUUUUUUUAGAGAAAAUUUUGUUUCUUUGUGUUGGUUUCAUAUUUUACCAACAGCCGUUUUUUGAACUAGCCGUUUCAGUUGAGUUCUUGGAAUUAAAAAGAUUCACUUAACAGCAUUGUUUUACUUAACCAAACGAGGAGCGGACCAAUGAGGUUCAUGGAUUGAGAGAAAAGAAGUAACUUUUUAAUGCUUCAAACUCUAACUAAUUAGCUGUUAAGACCGAUCAUUGACAGUGGUAAUGAGAGGUUAUAAACGCAAACAUUACCUCCCUUAAAUGUUAUGAGUAGUGGUUGUUAGUAAUUAAAAAACGGUCGUAGGUAAAGUAGUGUACACAACUCGCAUAAGUAGUGUUAACGACACUGGUAGAAGUUUUUUCACCAGGGCUUGUACCUUAAAUUUCUACUUGUGUCGUUAACACUGUGAUCGUUGCGUAAACUACCAUCAACAUUGACUUUGAAUGCUACAAGUCUCAUUCUAGUGUAAGGCUGAAGUCAAUUUUGAUGUCUGUUUAAUUUUGGUUAUACUAUGUGUGCUGAUAUUGACUAAAUUUUUCUCUCUUAUUUGAAAGCCUAUUUUAGGCAUCUUACAAUAUUUGCUUUAUCCUACGGUUGUCAUGCAAAAGGUCAAUCAAUAAUUCACAAAUAGAUUGUCAUAUCUAUUUAAAUAUGCUUAGAUAAUAAGAAUCAAAUUGUGAAUAAAAAUGUGUUCUCUACUUCAUUUUUAAUUUGGUUAAUGAACCGAACUGAAACAUACCUUAAAAUUGUCUUCAGCUGAUCUAUAAGGAUGAUAAUUCAACAACAGAGUAUAUAUGUAUAAUGUAUGUUUUGAAUUAACAAUGUUUAUGAGUAACACAAGAGUGUGUUUUGAAAUGAGCUAAGGAGAAUGUUUCGGUACUGUCCAAAGUAUAAUGCUAAAUACUAUUGUGCAAUUUUGAGUUUAGUUUAAGUCAUAAAGGUUUUAUUACAUUUUUUUUAAAUAUUCGGUAUGUUAUGGUUGGAAUAUUUUUAUGCACAGUUACAAUUUUUAUGUUAUUUAUCAGUUUGUUAAAUUAUAAAGUAUAUUUAUUUUUUAUUUGUGGAAAGUAGGUUUUAUUUGAUAAAGUGGAAUUGUAUAAUAAUAAAUAAGCUUUGAGCUGCCAAUUUUAAAAAUUGAAAAACUUGUUUUGCUUAUAACUUUUACUAUUAAAGUAGUGUGAACAGACUAAACCUGUUUAAUGUGGACUCACAGUAGAACAAAUACGAUGUUCAGAUUCCAAGCUUUUGUUUCUUCAGUACGGACAAUAACUGGAGCUACCACACAAGUUCAGUGCAUUUUCAACCUUAAUUUGAUUUUUAUUUUAAGUUAGGUGAUACACAUUGUGAACUAGAUCUCAAUUAUAUUGUCAUACAAAUACAAUCUAAGGUUACAAUGAAUUUCAGCAGGGCCUUGAAUGUCUGAUUUGUCCCUCAUGCAAAUCUAUAUUUUGAAUAUACAAGGUUUGUCUGUUUGAAACCUGCAACUUUAAAUAUUUUCUCACAUUCAUAUUUGAGUGUCUAAUUAUUUGGAAAUAUUCAAAGUUAUAAAGUUUAUGAACAUGUUUUAACAUAACUGAUGAUUUAGAUCACCAAUAUAUCCAUUAAACAAGUUUAAUGUUAAAUGCUCGAGAUUCCAAUGUUUUGAUCAGUUAAAUUGAUAUUGCUUUUUAUUUAAUUGUUUUUUCACAUUUUUUUCUGUUUGACUUUUGGAUAUAAAAUAUUUGUAACAUUAAUAUCCCUUUACAUUUUCAACAUUCAAUGAUGUUUACUAUAAUAAUGGAAACUAUAAGAGUGUCAAAGUCUGUAUUUAUAAAAAGUACAAUUUAUAGACUUUUUAGAGGUAACUUUUAUACAUUUUGUAAUUUAAUCAGUACUGCUAAAGGAUUUUAAACUUUGUAAUGUUUAAUUUAACUAACCAACGUGCUUCUCGACAUUUGUCUGCCAUAACCCUGGAGUUAUUGUAAUAUGUUGUUUGGCCUUAGUUCAAUUAAAUUGUUGCUAAAAAGCUAAUUUCCCAUUUAUUUUGUUUAGAUAUUUAUUCUUCAAAAGCAAUGUUUUUAUUGUAAAGCUUCAUUUUUGUGCCUAGCACUUGUAAGAUAUUUGUUACUAUAUUGUGUUUAUCAUUCCUGUAUAACAUAUCUUAUUUAAUUAAGUUUUAAUGAACAUAAUGUUAGUGCAAAUAAUUAUGUUUUACAAAAAUAAACUUUAUAAAUUUGUGGCAGA